AGACCAAGCUGACACCCUGAAAUCUGAACUUGCAGGUUACACGCACGAGUCGUGGAUCAACCACGAGGAGCCGCCGAAGUACGCGACGCUGCGUUCGGCGGCGGAGCUGGCUCGGCCGGUGGUCCCAUCGCCGCCGCCGCCGCCAGCCGCUCCCCAGGAGCUGCCGGUAGUGGUGAACGGUUCGAGUUUGCACCAGCCGCACCCUGUCCCGACAACGACGCCGUCGUCCUCCGCAUCGCUGAGCCUGCCGCCCCGGAAGAGCCUCGCCAUGUGCUUCACGAGCACCGGCACCGCUCUGUCGCUGCCGCCUAAGAAGAAGGACAUCUACCGACCGUACAGCCUGCAGCCCACGUCCGAGAUCCGCACGUCGGCGGAAGAGGACCUGUCCGCGGCGCAGGCGAUCCUUGACCUGAGCGCCUCGCCGGCCGCGCCCACGCACUCCGUGUUCAUUCACACGUUGUCGCCGCCACCGCCGCCGCCGCCGCCGCCUCCGCCGCAGCAGCAGCAGCAGCAGCAGCAGCAGUUGUCAACGGCGGUGCCGCAGCAGCCGGGGGUCGUUGGGUCCGGGCAGCAGUUGCAGGCCACGCAGCUGCAAUCGGCGCCGACCGCGCAGCCGAUACCGGUCUCCGUGCUGGUCCCGGUGCCCAGCUCGCAGGCCAACCAGCUGAGGCAACAGGAGCAAACGCAACAGCCGCAAUCGCCGGCGACCGCCGAGGCGAACGCGAACUGCAGCGCCGGUAGGGACGGCGGGCCGAACGGCAGCAAGACGGUCGCGUACACGUACGAGGCGUUCUUCGUUUCGGACGGUCGUUCGAAGCGUCGCAGCACGAACACGAACGGGGCCGCGGUCCCGGAGAAGGAAGCCGCCCAGCCGGACAGGCCGAAGUUCACCUGUACCGAGUGCGGCAAGCAGUACGCGACCUCGUCGAACCUGUCCCGGCACAAGCAGACCCACCGCAGCCUGGACUCUCAGUCCGCCAAGAAGUGCAUCCACUGCGGCAAAGCGUACGUGAGCAUGCCCGCGUUGGCGAUGCACGUGCUGACCCACAAGCUUGCCCACAGUUGCGGCGUCUGCGGCAAGAUGUUCUCCAGGCCGUGGCUGCUGCAAGGCCACCUGAGAAGUCACACCGGCGAGAAGCCGUACGGGUGCGCGCACUGCGGCAAAGCGUUCGCCGACCGCUCGAAUCUGCGCGCCCACAUGCAGACACACUCCGCGGACAAGAACUACGAGUGCUCGCGCUGCCACAAGACCUUCGCGCUCAAGUCCUACCUGAACAAGCACCUGGAGUCCGCUUGCCUGAGGGACGACGAGAUGCCCGGGCAACAGCAGGCGGCGGCCGGCGGCAACAGCAACGGGCAGCAGCAGCAACACCAACAGAACAACUGCGGCUUGUAGCAGCGCUACGACAGAAGCAAGGCCGCGAAGCGUCGCGAGGACGACGGACGUCGCUGCGCGAUGGACGCCGCUAUGGAGAGCUAGCGGUCGUACCCGGCCGCGGCGCCCGGAUAAAUAGGCUGGGUGAAUUCGGGGAAGUCCGGAUGCACGGAAUAUAAAAAGUAAUAAAAAAGGUUUGCCCAGUAGGUUUUAAGUAGAAAAGUGCCAGUAGAGAAUGACGCGUAGUGGAAAACGGUACAUACACAGAUAGAGAGAGAGAGAGGAUUGAUCGGUCGAUCGUGGCCGGUCGACCGAUGGAGAGGGGUUAGAAGGUGGUAUCGGUUUCUUAAAUAAUGUCUAACAUUAAUAAAAACGUCCAGUAAUGUUUAAGUCUUAAUCGAAGCAAACGGAACGACGAAGAUUGAACUUCGAGGGGUUGGAGAGGAAGCGAGAAGAGAGAAAGGUAGAGAGAGAGAGAGAGAGAGUGAGAGAGG